AUGGAUAUCUUCAACUGCUUGCUGAAAUACACAGACACUGAAGCUGAAUUUGAAUUCUAUUGGACUAGGAUGGUGACUGAAUUUAAGUGUCACAAGAAUACAUGGCUAGGGAAGCUUUAUGAUUGUAGGGAGAAGUGGUGUCCAGCUUUCAAUAAGGAUUAUUUUUCUGGGGGUAUUCUAUCUUCACAAAGGAGUGAAACCACUAAUCAUUCAAUUUCUAGAAGGCUGUCUAAGACUGCUGGUUUGUGUGAUUUCUACUCAUCGUUUGUUAGUGUUAUUUCUGAGUGGAGAAGUAAAGAAAAUGGUGAAGACUUUCGCUGUGCUCAAGGUGUACCUGCCAUGAUGAUUGACAAUGUGAAACUUCUUUCACAUGCUAGAGAGGUGUAUACAAUUGAAAUCUAUUUUCUGUUUGAGGAACAGUUAAUGAAAGGCAGUGCGUGUCACCAAGAGAUUGUGUUGAAUGAUGGGCGUCAAUAUAAGUAUCAUGUGUGGCGACCGGAUGUAGAUAUUAUAAGGCAUGAAGUUAGUUUUAAGCCAAUUAAUAUUGACAUUUCUUGCAGUUGCAAACUGUUUUCUGAAAUGGGAAUCCUGUGUUGUCAUUGUCUACGCAUACUUGAUAUAAACUGUGUUCCUAGUAUUCCGGACAAGUACAUUAUGAAAAGAUGGACCAAAAAGGUUGCAACUGUUAGGAAUGUGAACUUUGAUUUACUGUCUUAUAAUGUUGGUGUUCCUCCUUCAAUUUGGGUUGUUGAGAUUAGUAGGAAGUUUCAAAAAUUGGUUGUUUCAAGUCAAGACAAUAGUGUAGCUAGACAGUUUUGCGAUGAAGCUGUUGAGAAUGCAAAGAAAUUGAUUGAAGCUGAGAUUGGGGAAAUGAAUAUUGAAGGGUGUGGUGCUUCAUCUUCAAAUGGUAUUGUUCAAGAUCCUUCAAGCCGGAGAUUGAAAGGUGUGCGUAAUAAAAGGAGGAGUAGUAUUAUUGCAAAGAAGUACACUAUAGCAAGGGGAAGAAGGAGUGCUGCAAACAAGAUUGCUUCAAAUAUAAAGGGUGUCGUUCAAUCACUGGUUUUGGAAAAUAUAUCUGAGAUUGCUGGUGAUGGAUAUCUUGUACACCCAACUUCUAGUAGUUCACAGUUUGUUCGGUUUAAUAAGAGUUUAGAUGAGAAUGUAGUUGCAGACUGA